AUGUCGGCUUUACGCGUUACCGCGCGACCCCUUAUCCGAAGGGUGGUGCGUUAUGGCCGGCAAGACUUCAGAGCUUGUAAAUCAACCUUACCGAAGUCUGUGGCCGAGUACCUCAGCUGGAAACCUACGGAACCGACAGCUGGUGUUCAUGUUGACGGAUAUGUUCGAUCUGUGAGAGCUCAAAAAAGACAACACUUUGUGUCCUUGGGUGACGGCACAACGAUAGACAGUUUGCAGGCUGUGGUGCCCGCCGAUCAAGCUGAAGGUCUGACAACGGGAGCAGCCGUUCGAUUGCAUGGAUCCUGGGUACCAUCACGUGGCCAAGGCCAGAGUCACGAGCUGCAGGUCCAGAGCGCCGAUAUCUUAGGAGCUUCAGAUGCCAAGACCUUUCCUUUGCAAAAAAAGUAUCAAAGUCCGGAAUAUCUAAGGACAAUGCCUCACAUGCGCCCGAGGUUACCCUACAACUCCACACUUUUCCGAUUCCGCUCUGAAGUCAUUGCUUCUUUGACUCGCUUUUUCGAAGGUCGACAAUUCAUCCAGACCCAUACGCCAAUACUCACCGCAUCUGAUUGCGAGGGUGCCGGGGAAGUCUUCAAUGUUGCCAACAUUGGUGAGAAGCCGCAAUCAAACAGUGAAAAAAACAAAUCUUUCUUCCGCCGUCCAGUCUACACGACUGUGUCAGGACAGCUCCAUUUGGAAGCUCUGGCUCAGGGUCUCGGUAAUGUCUGGACGUUAUCUCCUACGUUUCGGGCGGAGCAAAGCGAUACACCACGUCAUCUUAGUGAAUUUUACAUGCUGGAGGCCGAGAUGAGCUUCACCAAUGACAUGGCGUCUGUCAUGGGUCUUAUCGAGGAUAUGUUAAGGCAUAUUGCUUCCGAAUUAAUUGGCUCGAGGACAGUGAAAGAACUGUCGACCAGGACUGCAGAAGGAUUGUCGGAUCUGGCUCCCGUGGAUCAAGUUGAGCGGCGAUGGCAGGGCUUGAUGAAAGCGGCCUGGCCUCGUAUCACAUAUACAGACGCGAUCGACAUACUCAAUGCCUCGGAUGAGCAAUUUGAGAUCCCACCGGUUUGGGGACAAGACCUUCGCACAGAACAUGAACGCUACCUAGCGGUGCAUAUCGGUCAAGGAGAAACACCGGUCUUCGUGACAAACUAUCCUCGCACCAUCAAAGCCUUCUACAUGAAAGCAUCCGAGGGUGAUCUCGGGACUCCGGGGCACGGUGAGACUGUAGAAUGUUUCGACCUCCUCGUGCCCGACUUUUGUGAAAUAGCAGGCGGGUCGAUGCGCGAACACCGUCUCGAUAACCUCAUGGAUUCCAUGAAACUUCACGGCAUGGACACUGCUUCAGAGCAAGUAAUUGCCAAUGAUGGCAAGGAGAGGAGAAUGCAGAACAAUCUCGACUGGUACAUAGACUUGCGACGCUGGGGUUGCCCUCCUCAUGGCGGCUUCGGUCUGGGCUUCGACAGACUGAUCUGUUAUCUCUCGGGAGUCCAGACCAUUAGAGAUACGACAGCAUUCCCCCGUUGGUACGGCAGGUGCGAUUGCUAG